AUGAAACAGAGGCUAUUGGUACCAGUUCUAUUUUCGAAAAAUUAUCGUAGUUAUACUUGUUUAAAGAGAUUGUACGUUUCAAAGACAAAUACUAAGAAGAAUGAGAAUGCUUCAAUGACAUCAUCUUCAGAUUUGUAUCUGUAUAAUCGCAAUUUUGAUGCUGUUCGUUCCAUUGCAGGAUUGAACCCGCCCAAUUCAAUAGAAUAUUUGAAGUCUCUGUCCAAGGGUCAACUCUGGUCGUUGACUUUGAUCAGUGUGGCCACUUUGAAUAGAUCGCUACUCAAUUUCUGUAUCAAGAUGUUUCCUUACGUCCCAGUAUCAAUUCUUAGAUUGACCAUUUCAAAAGUGUACUGUGGAGGGGAAACCUUCAGUGAAGUGGUUGAUUGUGGUAAAUUUUUACAAAAGAGAGGAAUCUCUAACAUGAUGCUUUCAUUAACUAUUGAAAAUGCAGAAGGUUCCAAAAAGAAGCCUGUCAAUAUCGAUACUAUCGUAGACGAAACAAUAAACUCUAUUCAUAACGUUUUAAGACCAAAUUUCUUAAGCCAAUUGAAGCCAGAUUUAACUAAUUUAAAUGAUAUCGCGCCAGGGUACAUUGCAUUGAAACCUUCUGCAUUAGUAGAAAAUUUAAAUGAUGCCAUGCUCAAUUUUGAUCCAUCAAAUAAUGAAAAUACCAAACAAUUGAUAGCAAAUUGUUGUCGCAUCACAAAUGAAAUUUAUCAAUUGAAUAAGGAACUUUACAAAAAGUUUCCUCAUAGGAAAGCACCGUUUUUCUUAACCACUAUUGAUGCAGAAAAAUUUGAUUUACAGUUCAACGGUGUGUAUAAGUUACAGAGAAUUCUUUUCCAAAAAUAUAAUCCAACAAGUUUCCCGCUAAUUUCAUGCAUUGGGACUUGGCAAUUGUACUUAAAAGAUUCAGAAACACAUCUAAAAAAUGAAAUGAAAUUGGCUCAAUUAGGUGGUUACAAGUUAGGUGUUAAAUUAGUUAGAGGAGCAUAUAUUCACUCGGAACCAAAUAGGUCGGAAAUUAUUUUCAGUGACAAAAAGGAAACGGAUGACAAUUACAAUAAUGUUAUGAUUGAUAUUAUAAACGAUAUGUGUCUCAAUACUGUGAAUUCCGUAUUUGGUCAUUUAGUAAUUGCUUCACAUAACUAUCAAUCCCAAUUAGUUGCGUCAAUUUUUUUGAAAGAUUAUUAUUUAAAUAAUCAUUUAAAUGCAAAUGUUAUCUUUGCUCAGUUGUUAGGCAUGGGAGAUAAUGUCACACACGAGCUGAUCAAUUAUCACAACGUUAAAAAUAUCAUAAAGUAUGUGCCUUGGGGUCCUGCUAUUGAAACGAAGGAUUAUCUUCUACGAAGAUUACAGGAAAAUGGCGAUGCUGUCAGAUCAGAUAACGGGUGGCCAUUAUUGAAAUCUAUUCUAAUGGCAGUCGUUAAAUAA